CAUGUUACAGUCAUUCAUGCAGUUCCGGCGUUCAUCCAGUUCCGGCAUUUUUCUAAAUUAGAAAUUAGCCAUCAAUGGGAAAGCAGAGCGAAAGAAGAUUACCUCAAUGUAGUCCGGCUGUCAAGCCGCAAAAUCUGUGAAGUGCUGCUGGAUAAAGGCUAUAAGGAAGACGACACCUACUAUGCAUCAGUCUCUGAUGAGGUUUGCCAGACAGGAAGUCCUGGGGGGCCAAGCGCAGCAAGUACUAUGGACACAACGACAUUGGUGAUCCUGGUGUUGCUGCUGAUGCUGAUGAUGAUGAGUAGGCAGAGUUGGAGGAGAAGGAAGCCCUGUGACUGCAGCGACAGAUGGCCGAGCGGCUUGAUGACCAGGACUUUGAUGGAGGAGCUCCAGGACAGGUUGUGUCCCCUGAAGGCUCUGGUUACUAGGCAACAGUUCACUGGCAAGGCAGCUGAUUACAUGCACACCAAGUACAAACUGGUUCUCAAUUAUUGUAUAUACAUUGUGUUCUAUCUGAUGCUGAAGUCCAAGCAGACGGCCGGACACAACCAUCCUGUCGUCAAACGUCUUCUGCAGUACAGAAAUAUUCUGAAGCAGUUGGAACCUCUGGACGAGCAGAUGAAUGCUGAAGUGGAUAACAUCGUGGCCCGUCUGACAUCUACAUUUUUGGACUUUUGAUUUUGGAUAAAAAAAGAGGAAUUUGUGUUGGAGAAAGACUGGCAAGGUUACGAAGGCAACAGACAAGAAGCGCACCAAACUCAGUGAGCUGGUCUCAGACUCCGGAAGUGCGGACUCGGGUAGCGAGGAUUCUGAUGAAACGUAUGAGGACUUAACUGGCAAAGCAGGCAAAAACAAGGAGAAGGGAGACCAGUAUGAGACGACGGAUGAGAGAGCGGCCCUGGAGUAUUGCCAGAUGAUGAAGGCAGGCCGGCCAGGGGAGGACACUCUGGAUGAAGAGUUUGAACAGGAAUUGAGAAGAAUAUGGGCCUUACAGCCCAUAAGAAGAAAGAGUUGCGCAAUCCAAGGGUGAAACACCGCAUGAAGUAUCGCCGGGCUCAGAUCCGACGUAAAGGACAGUUCGAAACGCUUUGCAAAGUGCACAGAAAGGAUAUCACGGUUGGUAUUACUUCAUAUCAUCCUGAUUGAAGAUUGGGAUAUACACAACUCUAGUUUCUCGAUCUAAAUUUGGAUGUUUGCGAUCGGAUAUUUAUUUGGUUAGGUUCUUGAUAUGUGUGUCAUUAUUAACAACUUUCUGUGUCACUCGUCACUCGAAAUUAACAUAAAAAUGUAUUAAUGUAUGAAAGUAAAGCAGGAUGGACUUUUGAAAUAAAAUGUGUGUGUUCGUGUCACUUAUUUCGAAAUGUCGCUUAAUGGUUAUACA